UCGUGACCGUCCAGAGUUCUCUGCAAAACGUAUUCGGGCAAAGAACUAAGGCCCCUACCCCUAGGCCUAUAGGCCGCGGCCCUAGGGGCCCAGGCCAGAAUGAGCUCUUCGUGUAGUUUGCAUUCAAAAUUGAUGGAACGUCCGGAGUCCUGCAAGCCGAGUAAUAUUUUACGGAGUGGAGAAACUACAGGAAACAAACAAACUCGAGUGGCGCCUUGAUUUAAAGGUGUGCUGCGAGAACGUACAAUUCUUGUUGCCUGAAUUCUGGGAUGCAGUUUGGCCCGAAAUCUGCAUUGUGCAGAGAAUGCAGAAAGGUCACGGAUGAGUGUAUCUAUUCUGGGGUUACAUUGUCACACAAAUCGAAAGCUCCAGGAUCGAUGGUAAACAAAAGUGGAUGUGAUUAUAAUAUGCCAGCUUUUAUAUAGCACAUCUUGUGAACAAGGCCUCUGUGGAAUUCAUAAUCAUCUAUUUCAAGAAUUUUCUUCAUUCAUGUGAUACUUUUCUGUUGUUAAGAGUUUCUUGAAGAUAGGAUUGUAGUGGUUUGCAGUUGGUUAUCACUUUGUUACUACGUAGAGCAUAAUGGCAUACAGACCCCUGCAAGAUGAGUUUUUACAAAUUCCACCUGUUACUAAGUUGUAUACAUGCGGAUGUAUUAUAACAACACUAGCUGUUCAAUUGGAAAUAGUUUCUCCUUUCCAGCUAUAUUUCAAUCCAGAUUUGAUAUUCAAACAAUUCCAGAUAUGGAGGUUAGCGACAACCUUUCUAUAUUUUGGAAACUUCGGAUUUCAUUUCUUUUUCAAUGUUUUGUUUACCUACCGGUAUUGCCGAUUAUUAGAAGAGGGGUCGUUUAGAGGGCGCACUGCAGAUUUCUUUGUUAUGUUUCUUUUCGGUGGAAUCUUAACCAUUUCAAUAGCAUUCUUUGUAAACCUGGUGUUUUUAGGCCAGGCUUUUACUAUGAUGCUAGUUUAUAUAUGGAGCCGACGAAACCCCUACAUCAGAAUGAAUUUCUUUGGACUAAUGAAUUUUCAAGCACCAUAUUUACCAUGGGUUCUUUUUGGGUUCUCCUUGUUGCUUGGUAACCCUAUCAUUGUUGAUUUAAUGGGGAUUGCUGUGGGACAUUGCUAUUACCACUUGGAGGAUGUUUUUCCCAACAAACCAGGUGGCUUCAAAGUUAUCAAUACCCCAGCAUUUUUAGAAGCAAUAUUAGAUGGUCAACCCGAAGACCCAAAUUACAAUCCUAUGCCAGAGGAAGAGCGACCUGGUGGUUAUGACUGGGGAGAAGGGGAACCUGUUGAGGAUGAGACUCCAGUUGAGGAAAAUGAACAUGCCCAGGAGAACAAUCCACAAUAACUGGAAAGCAUUUCCUCCAAUGAAAAUCUGACCAGGUUUAAAUAACCUAACUUUCACUAUCAAUGCGCUGUGAGGUGAAAAUUAUAUUUGAACAAAAGAAAGAAAAAAGAAAAACAAACAGAUCACAUCUAUUCCUGCUCCAUAUUGAAAUGAUUCGCUGGUGAAAGGAAUUAAUUAUGCUACCAAAGCCAAACGGAUAAUAAGUACUUAAUGAUUAAUCACCAUUAAAACUGUCUUUCAUUAAGCUCGUUCAUGCUUCUCUGACAUAUAAUUGUCAAGGGCAGUGUGUAUUGGUAGAUUAAAGUUUACAGUCUUACAGACACUCUUGUGAUUGAUUGUUAUGACUGGAUACAAGUACUGUGCCUUACGUGGCAAUGCCUUAAGAUUUGUUGUACUUGAGCUCUUAUGAAAUCUCUAAGAGUCUACUAGACAUGGAAUCCGGCAUCGCAUUCGGGAGAUCGAGAAGCAGAAUCUGUAGCAUUGGCGUGUUAUAGUGAGAGGACCUCUGCCAGUAACCUUCACAAAACAUGGUAUCAGUCAGGACAGCAGAAUCAGAAAAUAUUUUGCAAGUGAUUCGGGUAAGAAUCGAACUCACAUCCUCCAGGUAACUAGCCUGAUGUCUUAACCACUAGACCACUGGGCUUGCGCUUGGUGGCUAGUGAUAAAUCCGAUUUUGAAGUAGCAUAUGGGAAAAUUUCAUGGAAGUACGUCAUUUAUAUUAUAAAUAUAAAAGCCAAGUUAUUAUAUCUAGUUGGGAAAUCAAGUUGGACAAGAAACACUUUCUCAAACGUGUAAGCAUGUUUAGACAACAUUGAGGUACAAAAACUGUCUGAAGUUAUAAGUUGUACAUAGGGCAUUUUUUUGAUGGAAAUAAAGAUUACAUUUAAUAUAUGUGCUGGUUAUGAUUUCAAUGUAUGUAGAUCUGUUAACAUUUUAGUACUUCUACAGGUAAACGGAAUUCUGGUUUUGCUUUACAUUAUUCUUGGUAUCAUUGUUAGAUACCAGGAUAUUUAUUGUUAAUUAAGUAUUAAGAUAUAUUUAAAUUUUUGUUUAACUCCAUAUACUGAUAAAAAAAUAAAGUUAUGUAGCCAAAAUUCAUUUUUGUUAGGGAAAUUAAUCUAUAUAUUUUAUGUUAUUGAGAAAUAUGAUCCAAAACUUUUUAAUAUUUCUCAAAACAGCACUUCAAAUAGUAAAUACGUAGCUAUAUUUUACUAUGCCCUGUGCAAAAAAUUCAAAUUCUGUCGAUAAAAUUACAUUCAUGUUUAAGAGGGACUGGCAAUUUGUGAAAUAAAAUGUAAAAAAGUGAAAAUACAGCAACCCCUUUCAAUGUUAUUUGAUGACAUUCUCAUCAGUUUGUGGGGUAUCAUGAAAUUAGUAUGUAAACUACUUCCAUUCAGACGUAUCCGGCACCCACCCUUGUAGAGGUCAGUAAGGCAAUAGGUUGGGGUGCUGUUUUGUUGCUGGCAGCACAACUCAAUGCAGUUUAACUACAUACCCAGAACUUAGCUAACUAAACUACACGUAAAAAGUGUAUGUAUAUUUUGAUUAAAUUUAACAUCUAGGUCAGUAUCAAUGUAAUGGUGAGAAUGAUUGUCCAUACCUUAAUCAUACAAAAUAUAUUUUCUUUCAUGUAAAAUUAUGUAAUGUUGAAAAUGUAUAUCUAAGUUGAUUUUAUAAAUACUGUAUUCUUGAUUUUGAUUAGUUUCAUUUUGUCCAUCCAUGCAUAAUAGCUUUAUCUUCAUCAUAAAUUGUUGACAAGGCUUAUCAAUACUAUUGAUGUCCAUCCCUCAUGCAUAAAAAAAAAACAAAAACAACCCCAGCUUGAAAUUGUAAAGAAAAUUUUACUUGAAAAUAUUUGUUAACAUAAUAAGAAAAGACAUUACUGUAGGUUGACUGUUGUUGAAGCAUUUUACUGGAGAAAGGCCUUUGACUAUAGACCAUAACAUGAGGGAUGGAAUUGGAUCAGGCUAUAACAAGAACAAAACAUUGUUAAUUUAAUUUUAUAAUAAUUAGUAGUAUGGUAAUACAUUAUAGUAUAAUACAUUGUUAUAAUACAUUAUCUGAAAGAAAAUUGACACCCCACAAGGAAACUGACACCCCCAAAGUAAAUUUUCUAAGCUUUUCUCUCACUUCACCCAGGUGGACAAGUGGGUUCCUGGUAAAGUUGAAUACUAUUCUAAUGUGCUUAUUACUAGCUGUGACAUUAUGGAAUACUCCCCCUGGGAGAUAAAGUAGGUGUUCCAUAAAUAUGUUAUGUAAUGUGAAGCGCAUAGAAGCCUCGGUAAAAUGCGCUAUGUACGACCAACAUUAUCAAAUUUCUGUCCAGCAUGGUGGAAAUUAAAUUAUGCAGAUGUUAAUAUAUCAUGAUAAAAGCGAUCUAUAGGGUUUUAAAAUGGUUUUUCAUUUUUUUCUUCCUGUGGCGUACUGAAUACAUUCCAUGUGUUAUUUAACCUUGCCAUGUGCAUUUAUUUAAAUUGAUCUCAAGGACAUAUUUUUUACUCAUAAUUUUUUGUGAUUUUAUUUGCUUCAAGGCUAUUCUGAUUUUGACUUGUAUUAAAAUUUAUUUUAUUUCAACUUUGAAUCAAAUCAUUAAAAUUAAAAACAUUUAUUUGCUUAGAAUAAAAAUUUCAGUACAUUA